UGCUCCUCGAGCACCACAUAGCCGGGAAACGGGUAGACCUCCUCGGUGCACUCUGGGAGUUGUAGGACAGGGAGGGGAGCAGAGAGAAAAGGGCGGCCUGUAGGAGCCUUUUCUGCCGGCCUUGCUUCCCAGAGGCCCUUGCACUUCUCUGCCUGGGGCGGAGAAGCGCGGCCGCAACCAGCCCCGCCACCACCAGCACCAGCAGCGUUGCGGCAUCCCGCAAGAGACAUUGGCGGCCGGGUGGACUCCUCCUUGGGCUGCUGCUGCCGCUGCCGCCGAGCCUAGGCCCCACUCACUGCUCCCGGUGCUGGCCUCCUGGGUUGGCGAACGGCCCACCGUGAGGAGAGGAGGAGGAGGAGGAGGAGGGAGUCGGUGGACGGGCGGUGCCGGGUGUGGGUGGGGCCGGCUCGGCGGAGGUACCCUUGCCCUUCUUUCCCUGUCCUUUUCUCAAAUCUGUCCCCCACCCCACCCCUGCUUUCUUUCUCUCGAGGAGGCCGCGCCGCCCCCGCUCCUCCGCCCCGGUUUUUGUCAGGCAGGCAGGCAGGCGCCCAACACCGCGCGAGGGCAAGGUUGACCCAGGCAGAGCUGCUGCCGCCGCCGCCGCCGCCGCCCAUCAUCAUCAUCUCUGAGCAAGCCUUCGCAACCCCUGCUUCUUCCUUUUUUUUCCCCCUUCCUCCUCCUCUUCUAAGACCUCCUUAAGACACGCAAGCUUCCACCGGGGCUCCAAGCGCACAGGUUGCACCGCCAGAACUCAGCGGUGGAGACAUGAAGAUCAAAGAUGCCAAGAAACCUUCUUUUCCCUGGUUUGGAAUGGACAUUGGGGGAACCCUCGUGAAACUUGCAUAUUUUGAGCCUAUUGAUAUAACUGCAGAAGAGGAACAGGAAGAAGUUGAAAGUCUGAAGAGUAUUCGCAAAUAUCUGACAUCAAAUGUAGCCUAUGGAUCUACUGGUAUUCGGGAUGUCCACCUGGAACUCAAGGACUUGAUACUCUUCGGACGAAAAGGAAAUUUGCACUUUAUCCGAUUCCCAACCCACGAUUUGCCUACUUUUAUCCAAAUGGGAAGAAAUAAAAACUUCUCAACACUGCAUACGGUGCUCUGUGCCACUGGUGGUGGUGCCUAUAAGUUUGAAGAAGAUUUUCGCACAAUUGGAGACCUUCAGCUGCACAAACUGGAUGAACUUGAUUGCCUUGUCAAAGGCUUGUUGUAUAUAGAUUCUGUCAGUUUUAAUGGCCAGGCAGAGUGCUACUAUUUUGAAAAUGCAUCAGAACCUGAAAGAUGCCAGAAGAUGCCUUUUAACCUGGAUGAUCCCUAUCCUUUGCUGGUUGUCAAUAUUGGUUCAGGAGUCAGUAUUUUAGCUGUACAUUCCAAAGACAAUUAUAAAAGAGUAACUGGGACAAGUCUAGGUGGUGGGACCUUCCUUGGUUUGUGCAGCUUAUUGACUGGAUGUGAAAGCUUUGAAGAAGCUUUGGAAAUGGCCUCUAAAGGGGACAGCACUCACGCUGACAAGCUUGUCCGGGAUAUUUAUGGGGGAGACUAUGAACGGUUCGGCUUGCCAGGUUGGGCAGUGGCAUCUAGCUUUGGCAAUAUGAUCUACAAAGAAAAACGGGAAUCUGUUAGUAAAGAAGACCUGGCUAGAGCAACAUUGGUUACUAUCACCAAUAACAUCGGUUCAAUAGCACGCAUGUGUGCAGUAAAUGAGAAAAUAAACCGUGUUGUCUUUGUUGGUAACUUUUUACGUGUGAAUACGUUAUCAAUGAAGCUUUUGGCUUAUGCACUGGAUUAUUGGUCCAAAGGCCAGUUGAAGGCAUUGUUCCUAGAACACGAGGGGUAUUUUGGAGCUGUCGGGGCCCUCCUCGGAUUGCCAAAUUUCAGCUGAAGCUCAAAGCAUCACAAUACUGAGUUAUUCCUUACCUUUCUGGCAUUAUUACAACACUGUUUUUGUAUCAACUGGAACCAAAGGGGGAAAGGGUGUGAUCUUUCUAUAAACUUUAACUGUAAGAAUGAUAAACUGUCUCAUACAGAC